AUGGCGUCGUCGGUCCCGUCGUCAUGCUUCACCAGGCGCACCACCAUCUGGAGACAGCUUGCGCUUCGCAGCGAUGCAGAUGACAUCAUUCUCGAGCUUCUGGGCCGAUUCUCACUCGAGAAACUCUACCUGGCAGCUGGAGAAAAGACGCAAUACCAGAAUAUCAUCAUCAAUCUCCUGGUCCAGCUCGAUGCCAUCUUCUACAUUCAACGCCUUACCAUCCCAUCCCGGCAAGUGCAGCCUGGCCCCUUCCUUGGGUUCCUUGUUAGCUGGGAGGUUGCGGCACGUACCAUGGAAUUGGUCCUUCAAACCAUUGUUGAGGGCCGUGAUAGUCUAUGGGAAGCCACCGCACUGCGAGAUGAAUACCUCGCCGAGUUUCUGAUCAACGCCCUCCGCGUGCUGCACCUCCAUCCCAGAUCGCCGCCGAUGCAGCGGCCCAAAGAUCGCCGCGCCCGGUUUGCUAGGAUUCAUCGGCUGCUGGAACAAAUAUUUGACGCCUAUCCAGGCCCAAAGUCUUUCUUGCUCAACAUGUGCAAGGAAAUAACCGGCCGUCUUCACGAGGAUGCCCAUUCGUUGAGCCUACCGCUAAAGAUGCAACAGGCAACCCCAAACCUGACUGCUGAGUUGUUCCCAUUGACUAAUUGCCUGCUGCCAUCAUCAAUCCUGGAGCUGGUCUCAGAGGACGCUGCGCCAAGCAACUGGAUAUCACAGUUCCUCGCGCUGCGAGACGUCUCGUUGUAUGUAAUAGGCGCGUCAAUACAGCACGCCGCUGAAGCCGCGACAAGCGAUCUGCAGAUCCGGAAAGAUGCAAUGGCAUCCCGAAACGCCGUCUUUACAGCCCUCCAGAGUCUACGAUUACCGAGCCAAUUCUCCAAGGCUGACGUCGUGGCGUCGUUCAAUGCCUGGUUCCGCUUGAUUCUGUGGGACACACCGGACUUGUCGACUCUAAGUUUUGAUGAGCCCAGUAGAGGCGAAUACAUAGCUGACGCGUUGGAUGAGCUCACAGAAAAACUGAAUCAGAGGCAGGCUGUUCAGCGCACAAGCGACAGGGAGGCGGCAGUCAGCAUCUCCAGAAUCACUAGAAGUAUACAAAUUCAAGACGACCCCGAUGCAAGCUCCAUCGGAUCGCAGAGCCCUUCGCAGUAUGUGCUGAAUUGCCCGAAUAACCACACAGUUGGGGGCGCGCAGCUCAGGGCGAAUGGGAUCAAUACUGUGCUGGAUUCCAUCCCUGUCCAAGAAAUUGCAUUGCCAGAGUCCUCAAAAUGCAUCAUGUGCGAAAAGACCGUGACUGUCGCACGCGAACUUCCCCUGGCAAGAAAGGUCUGGGAGUUGCUAAGCCCACUCCAGGUCAAGGCCGAUUCCGUUAAUGUCGAACGCCACAUGUUGAACAGUUUCCAGUAUGGAUCCCCAGACAUAGAACCUCACGAAGGGUUCAGCUACAGCACUUUUACAGCCGGAUUUGGUGGAACUAUUCCGGCGGCUCUUGACGCGCAAAUGAUGCCAACACACGCGGCGUCCGUAACAAAGGAGACUGCGCCUUCGAUCAUGGACCAAUCGAGCAACAAUUCCCUGGGGCCAUCAUAUUCAAUCUCCAAAAAGGAGAAUUCACUUCUAGCUCAUAUAAGACCCUGGAUCACUGCUGAACCCCCUAGACGAGAAAUGUCGCCUGAAAUCACUCCAGGGAGCAGCCACUCGCAGCAAGGCAACAGUUCAGUAGCAGGGCUGUCGUAUUUCUCUAUCGACACUAUAUCUUCCGGCAAACCAAGUAUGAGGGAGCCAUCGAUGACAUACCCUGCCGUUCAAAAAUUACCAGUAGGUCCCGACAAGUCACGCCAGCGAUGGAGAGUACCAAUCCUCUUCCCAUCAGGAAAACGACCACUACCCACCGUUUCUGGAGAAUCGAGCUCCGUCUCAUCUAAUCAGGUUGAUGAGCAACCCAUGGAAGAAAUUCCACUAAGGGGUUUAGUUGGUAUGGGACUCAAGUCUGCUACAAAGACCAAGGCCAUCGCCAACAUACAUGUCGCACUCUCAACCAGCUCAGCCUAUGGGCUGCUCUGGAGUCAGUCCAUGAUUCAUGUUUGGGAUCUCAGCACAACUCCCCCUAGCCAGACUCGAACUAUACCGACAGACAGCACCUGCAUCUUGGCAACUGUUGGCAGACGAUAUGUCGCAUACGUGAUGGGCAGCCGCGAGCAAAAAUUGACGCUUCGGAUAAUGGACCUCACUCAGACGAUGCCAACAGUAACUGAAUAUAGAGUGCCGUCAGUCCACUGGUGUAAAAGCAUUGCAAUCGAUCGACAGGAGAAUUAUGUUGUGGUCGGGUUCGAAAACAGUCUCGUGCGAUUCUUCAAGACUGCCACGGCGGAGCAGCCGCGAGAAGAUUCCCUGCAUUCCAAGCUUCACAGCACCUGCAAGAGCUGUCCCUCGGUCGAUACGCUAGCAUUCUCGCAAGACGGUCUCAGCCUCGUCGCAAGCACACGCAGUGCCAAGGGCGUCGUGCAGAUAUACCUGUGGCGGUUCCCAUUUGACAGUUUCGAGGAGCUAAGCGGAUGCCGGUACCCGGUGCCCAUGCACGAGUCGGAGGAUAACGGGAUAUCCUCGGUGAUGAUGCGCUCGCAGCAGGGUGCCGAGGAGGGUUUGCUGUGCGUCACGACAUGGACCCAGUCCGGCGCUCCCGUCUUGAUCCAGCAAAACGACGGCCACCGAACAGAAGUCAAGGCCAGCUCGGGCAGUGCCCAUGGAAAGCUGGGGAACAGGAUCAAGUGCGCCGCCUUCUCCGCCUCGGGACGGGAACUGGCCCUGGUGAACGACAACGGCCACCUGUACCUCGCGUCGAACCUUAACGCGAGACCCAUCGACAUCCGCCGCAAGGCGACCUCGCGAGAGCUGACGUCGAAGAGCUGUGCGCUGGUGCUGUCCUUCAUGACGCUGGCAUCGGAAGAAGCAGCGGUCAUGCUGUGGGUUGAUCCGUCGCGCGGGAAGGCAUUUAUGAGGAAGACGUUUGUGGGGACAAGGUCGAGUAACAGCAUACUGGAGACCAACGGGCCCGUGUACGACUCGUCAACUCCAGCCCAAGGAGGGCCUGGGCAUUCGACCCCCCGAUCAGAGCUACCCGACGCGCAAGCUUCACUCGCGCAACUGGACGCGCGACUUCCCAGGGACAGAUCAAAGGGCUCUCCAAGAAAGCAGAUGAAACUUUUGGGAUGA